GGUGCUGGGCGAGUUUGGCAGCGUGGCAGCGUCUGAUAAGCGGUAGUCGCACCAUAUUGGUAGCAAAAACCUUACGGGGCGGAACCAAUGUAAAAGCGUGUGCACAGUUGGUAGCAGAUUUUGGGGGUGAAUUUUGAAGUGAUAAAAAAGAAUUGUUUGAUAAGAGGAUUAAUUUUAAAAGUGCUACUUAGUGGUGCGUGUACGUGCGAGUGUAGGUGCUUUAGUGAAAAUUUCCAUUCCAUAGAGUGUGUGUGUACGAGUGUCUGUGUGUGUGUGUUCAUAAGCUCCGGUACAUUCCAGUUCGCUGCGCCACCAACCCGGACAGAGAGAAAAUGGCCCUCAGCAACCCUCCGGGAGUGUGCGGAAAUUAGUGCUCUUGCACUGCUGGGAGCAACCAAACAGCCAAACACUUAGCAAGCAGGCCCUCAAGCAGCAGCGAGAGGCGAAAGGAGAAAAUCCUCUUCUCCGAAAGCAUUACCUUUCCGCAGGUGCGCCCGGGCUAAUACGUACCCCCGGCCCUUCCUCCGGCUUGAGCGAAACAGUGCCAACACACAGGAAGUUUCACCUCCGCCCGGAGCAAUCCCACCGAUCCCAUCAGAAGUAGCAACAACAGCGACAGCAACCAGCGCAUUAUGGCCGGCUUCGUGUGCCAUAUUCUGCUAUUUUUCCUCUUCACCCGGGAAACGGCUUACGGCACUUCAUUCGGAAACAGUCUGUCCGACCCGCUGCUCGAUCCGGACUUCAUCGACAGCCCGCCGAUGGUGCAGCCCAAGUUCACCUCCCGGUCGCAGUCGGUCCGGGCCGUCAUCGGCGAUACGAUUACGCUUCCCUGCGAGGUGGAAAAUCUAGGCCGCAAUAUUCUGCUCUGGCGCCGAGGGAGUGCCGUCGUAACGGCGGCCAAUCUUAUCAUUACGCGCGACACCCGGUUCAAGUUGCUCGAGGGCUACAGCCUGCAGAUUAAAAACGUUCGCCCGCAGGACGCCGGGGAUUACAAUUGCCAAAUCGGGGACCACGACAACCGGGACCUGGUGCACACGGUCGAGAUACUGGUGCCACCGUCGGUACGCUCCAAUCCGGAAACCGGCCACGUCACGGUGCGCAAGGGCGGUACCGCUACCCUGGAAUGCAAAGCCUCCGGCAACCCCGUCCCGAGCAUCAGCUGGACAAGAAAGGAUUCGAUACACGGCUCGCCGCACCUGUCCGAAGGGCCCACCCUCACGCUGGAGAACGUAAACCGGCAGGACAGUGGAACGUACCGGUGCUACGCAGACAACGGCAUCCGGGAGCCGGUCUUCGUCGACAUGCAGCUGAUUGUACUCUCUCCACCGGAAAUCACGGUCGAAAAAUCCUGGGUCCACGCGGGCGAAGGAUACGAGGCCCAGCUAGUCUGCACCGUACACGGAGAUGCUAAUCCUGAGGUUAUGUGGUAUCAGGACUCCUUCCUGCUGCACCCGAACGACCGACGGACGAUGGAUACGCGUGGCGAGAAGCACUACCUAACCGUGCGGAACGUACGGGCAUCGGAUUUUGGCAAUUAUAGCUGUGUGGCGGAGAACUCACUCGGACGCGCGAAAAAGUACAUCGAAGUAUCGGGCCGGCCCGGGCCCGCACAGUUCCAUUCGCCCAUGUACAGCCGGUACCGGGAAAUGUACAACCUCACAUGGAGCAUUGAAUCAUUCCCGCUGAUAGAGGAAAUAAGAUUACUCUACAGAAAAUUAAUGAUGAACGAGACCUUUCAGCAUCCGGGCAGAUGGCACGACAUUAUCCUGAACCCGCCGUCCACCCGAUCGGAAUCCUUCCGGCACAUCAUGACGUACACCAUCAAGGGGCUGGACCCGAACUCGGUCUACGAGACGAUCGUGCAGGCGAAAAAUCGCUACGGCUGGAACGAGGUUAGUGACAUUUUCCAGUUUUACACGCUCAGCACGGACAUGCCGAACGAGGACGUGGAGCAGACGCUCGGCUCGACCGCUUACGGUAACAACUUUCGGGCACUGAACCACUGCCCACGCCUGCAGACCGACGGCAUGCCGGGAGCGAUCCUUCUGAGCUUAGCGGCGGCCGUUUGGCGAUUGGUAAGAAAGUAAGCGAGCAGCAGCAGUUUGGCGAGAAAUGUACUGCGUACUGGAAAGUGAGCGAGCUAAGGAAACAUUUUCCUAUAGAUGUGUAUUUUAAGUUUCUCAUCCAAACAAAACCAAAAGAUACCUUUGAUUUUUGUGUUUUAAAUCAUAACUAAUAAUACAAGCAGGAAAAAGAAAACCACCAUAAUGUUAGGAGGCUAGUGUACAAGCUGUUUGAGGAUAUGUGUGAACCAUCCAACCGGAAGACAUCCAUGUGUGUACGGUUUUUUUUUUGUUCUGUCCUAGCGGGACAACGUACUGCGUGAAUUUAAAUAGAACUUAGAGGGGGAAAAUAAAGGGUACGUGGAAAGAGAGAGAAAGAGAGAGAGAGAAAGAGAAAGAGAAAGAGAAAGAGAGAGAGAGACAUACAAAGAAGAGCAAAAAAAGACAAAUUACCAUGAUGAUUAAAUGAGGAUUAGGGAAUAUACACAACAGACAAGAAACACGGAAACAUUUAAAACUGUCUAUCGACACGACACGAGAGGCAUGAUUUUGUAGCAUACACACACACACACACAGUGGAAGUAAUUGUAGCACGUAAGCCAUGUAAGUAGGAUAAGACAAAACAAAACUAAGCGCCGUUCAACGAGGAUUUAGAUAAGCGACACACAAAGCCCCAAUUCAAUGUAAAACGUAAAAACCCAGAACAAAGCAAACCCAAACCAUGAACAUAUAAGGGGGGGGAGGGGGAGGGGGGGAGGAG